AUGGUGCAACAAGCCCAAUUUAGUGAAUCGCCACUUGAUGAUCCCAAUAUUCAUUUGGUGAUGUUCUUGGAGAUUUGUGACACAGUAAAGAUUAAUGGUGUUACUGAAUACACCAUUAGACUAAGGUUAUUUCCUUUUUCUUUGAGGGACAAGGCAAGAGUUGAUGCUGCCUCUGGUGGAACUUUGAUGUCAAAGACAGCUGAGGGUGCUACCUAUCUUUUGGAAGAAAUGACCUCAAACAACUAUCAAUGGCCAAGUGAAAGAACUAUGACUAAGAAAGUUGUUGGGAUUCAUGAGUUGGAGCCGUUAGCAACCCUUUCAGCUCAAGUUGCUACUCUAUCCCAUCAGAUUUCAGCUUUGACAACCCAAAGGAUACCACAAAAUUCAGAAUAUGUUGCAGCUACAAGUAUAAUAGUUCCAAGCAAUGAAGCGAGUCAAGAACAAGUUCAAUAUAUCAACAAUCAGAACUACAAUUAUCGUGGUAAUCCUAUGCCAAAUUACUACCAUACAGGGCUUCAAAAUCAUGAGAAUUUGUCUUAUAGAAAUACAAAGAAUGUGCUGCAACCUCCUCCAGGAUUUGAUAGUCAACAAAGCGAGAAGAAGGUGUCACUUGAGGAUGCCAUGAUUUUCUUUGUUGAGGAGACAAAUGCAAGGUUUAAAAAGACUGAUUCAUGGCUGAACAAUAUUGAGACUCAUUGUAGCAACAUGGGAGCUGCUAUAAAGAAUAUUGAAGUGUAA